GCAAGACUGGGCUCACAUACGCGUUGUCAUAUCUGUCACUUCUAGUGAGCAACGUUCUCAAGAUUUUCUUUGUUCGAGAAACUUGGUUUCAAAGCACCCUCACACCGGUCAAAAAUGACAUGUCCGAGUGCAUCCAUCAUGUACACGGUCGUUUGUCUAACCAACGUUUGUUCAAAUGACGAUAUCAUGACAUGUAUCUCUUAUCCGUUAUCUUUGCCUCAUUGCAUAUGAACUUCGCAGCUAAAACUUUAAUACAGAGGUGUAGAACUAACUGUGUAAGGCGUUUUACAACGCCCAACACACUAUCCAUAUUUCAAAUAUCUGAGGUAUUUCAGUACUGUACUCCAUCAUCAUUCAUUUCCUCCGAAUUUGGAGCUUGCGAUCAAUCACCCUUUGUUAAAACGCUCACUACAACGGUUUAGCUCGAUCAUCCUACAAGCUGCGACCCUGUUCAUAUUCUUCAUGCGGUAUGCAGGGUUGCCAUCCCACAUGCGACUCCUUGUUUGUUCAAACUUUGUGGGCACGAGUAUUUGGCAGUCGUCUUGUUGCAAUGCCG